AUGUUUGAGGCGUUGAAGGAGGUGCUCGGAGAGAUCAACACCAAGCUCACGCAGGUGAAUGAUGAGCUGAACUCGCGGAUGGCUACCGAAAACGGAGGUACCGGGCGGCCCGCGCCGCAGGCCCAGUACUGCGGGCCGUACAAGCUCGAGAAGACACUCGGCAAGGGGCAGACGGGUUUGGUCAAAACGGGAACGCACUGCAUCUCGGGGCGCAAGGUGGCCAUCAAGAUUGUGAACAAGGAGAAGCUCAGCGAGUCAGUGUUGCAGAAGCUGGCCGAAGUUUUCAAGCAUCCCUGGGUGGCUGGAAGCUCCCGCAGCGAUCCGGAAUUAGAGUUGCCAAUGGGACAAGUUGUGCAGACACACAUCAUCCCCUCCGAGGAAAGCAUCGACCCCGAUGUUUUCCGGCAUAUGAACAACUUAGGAUGCUUCAAGGAUAAGGACAAGCUCGUCAGAGAAUUGCUCUCACCAAGGCAUAACACCGAGAAAAUGGUCUAUUUCCUGUUGCUGGACCGGAAACGGAGGCGACCAGCGCAGGAAGAUGACACUGAAGACAAAAUCGAAUCUGCCAUCCACACCGAGCCCGGCAACAACUACAGCCGACACUCCAUGAAAUCGGUCGGCUCGAAGAGC